UUGAAUAAUUUCAAGAAAAAAUAUUUUUCUCACAAAAUUGAACUCCGAAUAAAAUUAAUCAUUUUUAUUUAAUAAUUUUAUUAUUUACAAAUUCAAUUACAAUAACUGAUUUAAUAUUAAAGAACUGUAUUUUGUGGUUAUUUAAUACAUGAGUGUCAAUAUGUGUUUCUAAGGUGAAAUGUGACAUUCAUUGAAGUUCACUGACAGUGUUUAGAUAUAAUAUAUUUCCUGCGUUUAAUUAGUUCAAUAAACUGUGUUGACUUCAAUUAAAAACAGAUUUUUCUUUGAUUUUACAAUUACAAGCAGAGAAUUUUGAUAUUAGUUUUAAAUAAACUAAUAAACUUGAUCGAGCUUGUAGUUAGAUUUAACCUCCACUAAGUGCUUCAAUUUGCUUUAUUUUCUAUUGCCACUCUCGUAAUUACCUUAAUUUCAAAAUGGGAAGCAGUGGACAAUUAUACAGUCUAUCAUGGGGAGAAUUUGGUACAUCAUUAGCCUCAGCAGUACAGCUUUUAAGGGGGCAUGGAGACCUAGUGGACGUAACAUUGGCAGCUGGAGGCCGUAGCUUUCCUGCUCAUAAGAUUGUCUUGUCAGCUGCGAGUCCAUUUUUGUUAGAUUUACUCAAGAGUACACCAUGUCAACAUCCAGUUGUUAUGCUUGCUGGGAUAAGCUCUGAUGAUUUAGAAUCUCUUCUAGAGUUUGUUUAUAGAGGGGAAGUAAGUGUAGAACCUUCACAAUUACCCUCUUUGCUCCAAGCAGCUCAUUGUUUGAGUAUUCAUGGCUUGACACCACCAACAAUUUUAACUGAGAAUGGCGAAGAAGUACCCGUGUCUGCAAUUCCAACUAAUACUGAGCCAGUGACUCGAGAAAUAAUGAAUUCUUGCAUUCCCAUCCAUCGACGUAAAAAAAGAAGAAAAUCAUCUUCUUCUUGUAGUAAAUGGCCAAAAAUGGAUAAUACCACAGACAGUGAGGAUCGACACGAUGGGCAUGGUGAGGAUGAUCGAACUACAGACUACGAUCAAAAGAAUGAUGAUGGUGGUCAUGAUGAUGGUAAGAAAUCAGGUGAGCAGUCGGAACACUCUAAUCAUCGAGGACCAAAUGAUUGGCCAAACUCCAUGCCUCAACCAGCAUCAUCACUAGUCAUUACAGAAGUUCCAUCGCUAACGCAGGAUCACUUGACAGAAACGAAGCCUUCUUUGCACACAUUAAUGGCUAUGCAACAACAAUAUUCACCAUUACACAUUCCUUCAUUUCCUGGAUCUCUUAACAUAGGAUUACCACCUGGAUAUCCUCUGAUUCAAGCACCAACAUCGACUUCCUCAACAUUAAAAGUUCGCGGAGCGUCUGAUUGUCCUGGAAUUUGUCCAUUAUGUGGAGCAACUCUAAGACAAGCUAGAAAUCUUCGUAGGCAUCUUCUUUCUUCCUGCAAAUAUCGACUGAACAGCUUUCAUACUCCGCAACAGCCACCUGAUCAAAUGAUUGUUGAAAUAAAACCGGAAAUUGAAAUAGGUGCAUUCAGUGGACAAAAUCACGGAACUGAUAGUAAAGAUAACAGCAAUACAGAGCAGAUAGUUUGUCAUCCAAGUCCGCUUCCAUCACCAACGCACAGUUCUAAUGUUGUUAAUUCCCAUCAAAGCAUCUCUGAAACUAUCGCCAGAUGAGAUAAUUAAAGUAAAAUAUCUAUAAAAAAAUUCAAUCAUCAAGAUAACGAUCUCUUGCAAUUUGUUAACUGCAAAUUAAUUUUAAAUAUGUUUUCUAAGUACUUAGACAAGUAGCUAAAGAUAUCAAUUAUCAAUGCGCAUGAAGAAUUAUCAAAGUAACCUGUAUUAAAUCAUUUUUUUACAUUUAUAUAUGCUAUUUUCUUUAGAUAUUUAUCAUAUAUAUUCAACUUAAUCUAAUAUUCUAGGAAGAAUAAUUAGUUUUCUUAUCUCAUUUGCGUUAUUUAAGCUAAUAGUAUUUUUUCUGUGAAUUCAGUCGCCAAACAAAUUAAUGAAAAUGAUAUAUCUUUUUCGAAAGAUAUUUCGUA